UGCCGAGCUAUCAAACGGACCCAAAAUAACAUACCGGAAAUUUCCAGAGCACGAAAUAAACAUUGGCGUUAAUGCUUAAAUUAUCCGACUUCCAGCUAUUUCAGAGUCCUCCGAGUGGAUAAAAUGAACAACAUGUCCCCCGAGGUUGCACUGCAUCGGAUCUCCCCCGAGUUGCGGCCGAUGCUGUGCAGCGUUGUGCGGGACGGCCGUGUAGGACUGGACUCCACCAACUGUCUCCGUGUCACAGACCUCAAAACGGGAUGUACAUCUCUGACCCCUGGUCCCUGCUGUGAUCGCUUCAAACUUCACAUCCCCUAUGCUGGAGAAACCCUGAAAUGGGAUAUCAUAUUCAAUGCACAGUAUCCAGAAUUGCCACCAGAUUUUAUUUUUGGAGAAGAUGCCGAGUUUCUCCCUGAACCCUCAGAACUACCACACUUGGUCCAGUGGGAUGCUGGGGACCCAGAAUGUUUGCUCCAGCUGGUGAAGGAGCUUAUCCAGCAGUACCAUCGCUACCAAUGCCAGCGGCUGCGUGAAAGCUCCAGGCUGCUCUUUGAGUACGACAGUCUGCUGGAGGAUCCCAACUACGGCCGCAACAUGGAGAUUUACGCCGGACGCAAGAACAGCUGGACGGGUGAGUUUUCAGCCCGUUUCCUCCUCAAACUCCCUGUGGACUUCAGCAACAUCCCCGUCUAUCUCCUUAAGGACACAGCGUUGGACCCUGGAGAGGACGUGGCCCUUCUCUCAGUGAGUUUUGAGGAUGCUGAGGCUACCCAAGUCUUUCCAAAACUCUUCUUAUCCCCCAGCAUUGAACAUGCUCUGGGAGAUUCCUUAGCACUUCAAAUCCCAGCAUUCCCCAGUGGCGGAUGCCUAAUUGACUACGUCCCUCAAGUGUGCCAGAUACUCAACAACAAGGUGCAGUAUGUCAUCCAAGGCUAUCACAAGAGGAGAGAGUACAUCGCUGCCUUCCUCAGCCACUUUGGAAUGGGCGUAGUGGAGUAUGAUGCUGAGGGAUUCACAAAACUCACUCUCCUGCUAAUGUGGAAGGACUUUUGCUUUCUAGUACACGUGGAUCUUCCGCUGUACUUCCCGAGGGACCAGCCCACCCUCACCUUCCAGUCUGUGUACCACUUCACCAACAGCGGCCAGCUCUAUUCUCAGGUGCAGGUGUCGUACCCCUACAGCCCUCGCUGGGACGGCAAUGAGAUGGCAAAGAGGGCGAAGGCGUACUUCAAGAGCUUCAUCCCUCAGUUCCAAGAGGGAGCCUUUGCCAACGGGAAACUCUAGUACUCUCUAGCUUAAUGACAUGCCUGGAGAGUUGCCUGUGGGAGUGUGUGUGUGUGUGUGUGUGUGUGUGUGUGUGUGUGUGUGUGUGUGUGUGUGUGUGUGUGUGUGUGUGUGUGUGUGCGUGCGUGUGCGUGCGCGUGUUUUUGUGUCAGCCAUUGUGUACCUGUAUAUGAGUAUGCACAGACUUACAUUCGUGAAAUGUGCUGUACUGUAUAGUGAGACUCACAGUGGGCUUAUUGCACACAGGCUCUGUAAAUUCCACGUUGUUUGAUUUUGAAAUGGUUGCCUCUCAGUCCGUUCACUUCUUUAUUUUAGUUUUAGUGAGAAGCCACUUUUGUUGUAGAAGUUUAGAAGAAGAUGUCCAGACACCGCAACAUGCUAUGAACAAAAAACCUUAUACAACAAAACUCCCACGCAAUUUCUGAAAUGAGCCCAGACUUUAAAACCCAGAAAUUAUGGUGUAGAUACAAGCAAGGGAUGUGACGAUUAAGUGAAAAUAGCAGACACAUGAACAUUGUGCUCAUGUCACACACUUUUGUGGGAUCAGACUUAAAAAGAUGAUUGUUU